GUUGAAGCAAAAUUGAAGUUGAGUGUUGUGAAAUGUGAAGCACUAGGGAGACAUGAGGAAACUGUUCUCAGUGAUGACCAGUCUCCUCUGUUUGGGGAGUGUGCUGACCACUCUUAUCUGGUAUACUUUCGAAGACAGUUUGGAAUUUCACCGACCACUUCCUCAAAGAAGUGCCCCAAAGCCAUCUGCACUUUGUAAAGGCUGCAAGCAAGCCAUCGAUAAAGUAAAAAAGCUCUACAAUCAAACAUGGAAAAAGCAGGAGAAGAAUUACCACAGAUUCAGAUUACAACUGAACAUUAAUUGCAAUGGAUCCAACAAUGGCAUUGUCACUCAGGAAAACACUCCAGUGGGAUCUAAGAUUGUCUGUGACGAGGAUAGGACUGUCAUUCCCGUGACCCCAGUGCUUUUCAAGAUCUUUAUAAAAGAAAAUCCUUUCUCAAAAAAGAGAUGGGACACUUGUUCAGUUGUUGGGAGCGGUGGGAUUCUGACAAACAGCGGCUGUGGGAAAAUGAUUGAUUCAGCUGAUUUUGUUUUUAGGUGCAACCUACCUCCUCUGGAAGAUGAAUUUAAGAAUGAUGUUGGCAUAAAGACUAACCUUGUGACAGCAAACCCAAGCAUCUUCAUUAAUAAGUAUGAGUCACUGACUGGACGUCGCCGGGCACUUGUAGACAGCCUCCACCAGUAUGGCAACUCCCUGCUUCUCUUUCCUUGCUUCUCCUUUGGUUUUACUAGGGAUGUGUGUCAGCGGGCUGUGUAUGCCAUUGAGGACAUGGAAAUUCCUAUUCAACCAAUCUUCAUAAACCCUCUGUACCUUGAAAGACUGGAGAAAUUCUGGGAGUCUCAGGGGUUAAAGCAACGUCGGCCUAGCACUGGAUUAUAUUUAACUAGUCUGGCCCUGGAAUUAUGUGAAACAGUCCAUCUGUAUGGAUUCUGGCCCUUUAGUAAUCACCCAUAUGGACUCUUUCCCCUGACUAACCACUACUAUGAUAACGUACCAUAUAAUAGGAGAGUCCAUGCAAUGCCAAAUGAAUUUUACCACUGGGUACAGCUGCACAAUAAGGGUGUGCUCAAGCUUCACCUUCGAGACUGUAAAUCAGGUCAGGUCUAGUUUAAAUGAUGGAAUAAAAAAUAAAAAAAACUGUGUUUAAGUGUCCAACUGAAAAGCCAAGAAAUUUGCUCUGAAAUCAAUAUGUAUUACUCAGAAGUAGGCUACAUAUUACUUUAAAAGUCUUUUACAAUGUAUUUUCAAUUCUCUUUAAUGCCGGGAUGUUCUAACCGCCUCCUGCAGAGUAUCAUUCUGAUUUAGAUGGGAUCCUUCUGUGAGGCUAUUCUUAGGAUCUCCAUUCUAGGGCCCUGUGGUAAUCAACAAUUAGAGAUUUCAGCUCAAAUUUAACACAUUCAGAAAUACCCCUUUUACAUGAAGUUGGUGUUUCUGAACAAUAAGUUUUAUCAAAAUGUGUCAUUCCUGGAUGUAAGGGCCAUACAUCCAAUAUAUGCCCUGUACAAUGCCCAACCAUUAAACUACGAAGUGUGGCGAUCGUGGCUCAAGAAUUGGCAGUUCAUCUUGUAAUCGGAAGGUUGACCGUCCCCGGCUCGGACAGUCUUGGUCUUUGUGUCCUUGGGCAAGACACUUCACCCGUUGCCUACUGGUGGUGGUCAGAGGUGGCUCCGGUGUUCUGAGAAACCAUCCUACUCUGACAAAUCGUCCUACCUGUAUUAUAAUUUGACCGUGACUUGUGACUAAACCUAACCAUAACCUGAAGAAGUAUUCCGGAUGGGUGAGAGAAAAAGAAGUUAAUUUGGGUUUGGUGUUGUGCGCAUGCGCCGCGUCUCUGCAGAAACACUGGGUAGGAUGGAUUCCCAGAAGACUGACAGCCUUCACCUCUGUCAGUGCGCCGCAGGGCAGCUGUGG